AUGACGCCUGGCACACUGUCGGUGGUGAAUGAGCACCAGAAGUGGGAGCUUAGAAGCCGCUGGAGAUCCAAAUCGAUCUGCCCCUCUGUCUCUUUUUAUUUCAGGAACUGGCCGUCACCGUUUAAGAGGAAAAACAUAAAAACAGGUACAAGAACCAGUAAGCCAAACCCACAGAACCCAGAGAGCAAGCAGGGAUGUGACACUGCUCCGGUUUACGACGACGUGUCCGAAUUCCCCGUCUAUGCCACCGUGAACAAGCCCAAGUACGCCAAGCGCGACGACGGCAACGUGCAUUACGCAGACAUCCAGGUCUUCAGCAAAAUCCGGGAGCGCUCAGCGGAAGAGGUCAAGAGCCUGCAGUCCCAGAAUGCCACGGAGUAUGCCACCCUCAACUUUCCCCGCCCCGGGCCGAAAUACGACAGCAAGAAUGGGACACUGGUGUAAGAGCGGGGAACCUGCUUGGCGGUCUUUGGCAGCGAAAUUAUUUCCCUGGCGGAGGUGCCGUGGAUUCCACACCCGAGAUCCAGCCUGCGGACACUUGGAAGGCCUUCCCCUUUAGGCUGCAUGCUGUUUCGGGACGUUGCUGCAGGGGGAGCAGAAUUUUUCUCUUGGGGGGUGCCAAGACAAUUACCCUUUGGGAUGAGAUGCCCAGGGCUGGGGAGGUUUCUCCUGGACGCCUUUUUACAAGACGGACACCCCGCCACCGGGGUGGUGGCAGAAUCAUGUUGUGAGGCGGAAGCACCUGGAAACUUAGGUUGAAGAAUACAGAUGAUUUAUGAGAUUUUUGGCUCUUCCCGGUCAGCAGUUGCUGGAUUUCACUACCAGAGUAACAAUGGUCACUACAAAACCGAAGUCAGACAGUACUGUCAGGGUAGCGAGAGCACAGGAGGGUUUUAAAAUAAACUUUUAAUUUUUGAGGUGCAGUAAACGGGAACCGAUAUAAUCUCAGAUAGAAGCCUGAAGCAGGAGCAGUAAAAAAAUACAUGAAUAAUCUGUGACUGCAAAUUAUGGUGACCUGAAACCUCUCCCAUUCGAGUGGCCCUAGAUUCAGUCAUCAGAUCCGAUUUAUGUUAAAAGAGAACAUCAGAGAGAGGAUUUUUUCCCCUCCAGGAGAAAGGAUUGCCAGUCUCUUUCUUGUAGGAGACUCAGUGCGAGGCCCCUGUGUGGAACUGCACCAGCUUUGUUCCAGGGAAGAGGCGGAGCAGGAGUUCUCAGUGUGGUACCCACUAAAGCCUUUCUUGGUACCUACCAAGUGAACAUAAGAACAUAAGAGAAGCCAGUGUUGGAUCAGGCCAAUGGGCCAUCCAGUC